CAUUGUCAGUGUCAUUUGUAAAAAAAAAAUAUUCCUUGAUGGAGGCAGCGGAACUAUAAAUAUUGAAAAACUGUAUUUUUUAACUGUUUACGUGCUUUUUAUUAUAAAAAAAACUAGUAUAUAAUUGCAACGGUUUAUUGUUGCAACGGCCUAAGCUUAAGUAAAAAUGCUAGAAGUUACUUGCAACGAUCGACUUGGCAAAAAAGUUCGUGUUAAAUGUAAUCCAGACGAUACCGUGGGUGAUUUAAAAAAAUUGAUCGCAGCACAAACUGGCACAAGAUCUGACAAAAUAGUUUUAAAAAAGUGGUACACAGUUUUUAAAGACCACAUCAAGUUAUCAGAUUAUGAAAUACAUGAUGGAAUGAAUUUGGAGCUCUACUACCAGUAAACUUAUUUUUAUGUAUUAAUAAGUGUUGUGUUUAUUUUAAAUGACUUGUAAAUGAUUCAAAAUAAAUGAGUACUUUAU